UGCACUUGCCAAUCUCUUCUUGUCUCUACAAUUCCUACAAUUCCCGCCUGUGCAUUUCAUUCAUUGGAAAUAGAAAAAAGAAAAGAAAAAGAAGAGUUGGUAUUUUUCAUCCAUGACUGUCAUGACUCCUGCUUCUAUUGAACGAGAGGACGAGGAGAUGCUGGUUCCCCAUACAGAUUUGGCCGACGGCCAUCAACCUAUGGAAGUUGUUGCACAAGAGGAAACUACUACUACUGUGGAAAACCAGCCAGUUGAGGAUCCUCCUACAUCAAGGUUCACAUGGAGAAUUGAGAACUUUUCUAGGUUGAAUACAAAGAAGCACUAUUCCGAAAAUUUCAUUGUGGGCGGCUAUAAGUGGCGGGUGCUUAUUUUUCCAAAGGGAAACAAUGUUGAACAUUUGUCUAUGUACUUGGAUGUUGCGGAUUCAUCAAGUUUGCCCUAUGGGUGGAGUAGAUAUGCACAAUUCAGCUUGGCUGUGGUAAAUCAAAUUCAUAACAAAUAUACAGUGAGAAAAGACACUCAACACCAGUUUAAUGCACGAGAAAGUGAUUGGGGUUUCACUUCGUUUAUGCCUCUUAGUGAACUAUACGAUCCAGGUAGGGGUUUUCUUGUGAGUGAUACAUGUAUAGUUGAAGCUGAGGUUGCUGUCCGCAGAGUUGUGGAUUACUGGACAUAUGACUCAAAAAAGGAAACUGGUUAUGUUGGACUUAAGAACCAAGGAGCAACUUGUUACAUGAACUCUCUCCUCCAAACUCUCUAUCAUAUUCCCUACUUUAGAAAGGCUGUGUACCAUAUGCCAACGACUGAGAAUGAUAUGCCAUCUGGAAGCAUUCCUUUGGCUUUGCAGAGUUUAUUCUAUAAGCUUCAAUACAGUGACAGCAGCGUUGCAACGAAAGAGUUGACAAAAUCGUUUGGUUGGGACACAUAUGAUUCUUUCUUGCAGCAUGAUGUGCAAGAACUCAAUAGGGUCCUCUGUGAAAAGCUUGAAGACAAAAUGAAGGGAACUGUUGUGGAGGGCACUAUACAGCAGUUAUUUGAAGGGCACCAUAUGAACUACAUUGAAUGCAUCAAUGUGGACUACAAAUCUACAAGGAAGGAGUCAUUUUAUGACCUUCAGCUGGAUGUCAAAGGUUGUCAUGAUGUUUAUGCUUCUUUUGAUAAGUACGUAGAAGUUGAGCGCCUAGAAGGGGAUAACAAAUAUCAUGCUGAGCACCAUGGAUUGCAGGAUGCUAGGAAGGGUGUCUUAUUCAUUGACUUCCCUCCUGUCCUUCAACUUCAGCUGAAGCGAUUUGAAUAUGAUUUUAUGCGGGACACUAUGGUAAAGAUAAAUGAUCGCUAUGAGUUCCCUCUGCAACUUGAUCUUGAUAGAGAGAAUGGCAAAUAUUUAUCUCCUGAUGCCAAUAGGACUGUUCGCAACCUUUACGCCCUUCACAGUGUUCUAGUUCACAGUGGCGGAGUGCAUGGUGGACAUUAUUAUGCCUUUAUAAGACCCACCCUUUCUGAUCAGUGGUAUAAAUUUGAUGAUGAAAGGGUGACAAAAGAAGACGUGAAGAGGGCUUUGGAGGAGCAAUAUGGUGGUGAAGAAGAGCUGCCCCAGACAAAUCCUGGAUUGAAUAACACCCCCUUUAAAUUUACGAAGUAUUCAAAUGCAUACAUGCUGGUGUAUAUACGUGAAAGUGACAAGGACAAAAUAAUUUGCAAUGUGGAUGAGAAGGACAUUGCUGAACAUCUCCAGGAGAGGUUGAAGAAAGAACAAGAAGAAAAAGAGCACAAGAAAAAGGAAAAAGCCGAGUCACAUCUUUAUACCAUUAUUAAGGUUGCACGAGAUGAUGACCUUGUAGAACAUAUUGGAAGGGAUAUAUAUUUUGAUCUUGUGGAUCAUGACAAAGUUAGAAGUUUUCGUAUCCAGAAGCAGAUGCCUUUCAACUUUUUCAAGGUACCAUUUCAACAUAGGUUUGCAUCUUGUUUGAAAGAAUGUUACUGGUCAUAAUUUUUAUUUAUUUUU